CGCACUUCGUUGCUGUUUUCAAUGGCGAACCGUGCGCGGGAUACGACCUAAAACCUCGAGGAAGUGUCCACAAAGUAUUGCGUCAGACAUCUGUGUGAAAUUAACAUAAACGACAAUGACUAACAUUCUUCAUAAAAUUAAAAUCGUAAAAUCGGCUCUGUGUAAUGAACAGUUUCCCUCAGUGACGAUAUUUCGCGAUAUUUCACAUUGACGUUAAAUUAAGCAAUGUAUUUCACAUGUACUUCCAUUGCCUACGCUUCCAGUAAAGUUCUGUGAACAAAUGACGAGACUUUUUGCAUCACGUGUCUCCUGUAACUAAUGUAAGCGUACUGUCAAUGGGAUUGAUGGAUUAAUUAAAAACAAUCAACCGUAAUAAAUCGCAAUAACGUAAUACAACGCGUUAUGGAGUUUCCAUUGUCAUCAUUAAACAUCUUCUACAGUGAUCUCCGUUUGGUCAAUUCAAACAAUCGAAAUCUUUAAGCUGUAUGGAUUGCAUAUCAACGUGACUAAUCUCAAAACUGCGAAACUGACCCUCUCAACUUGUAGAGAAAAACGUGAUAAGCGUUAUCAGCAUUAUGGUCCAAGCGAUAAUAGUGAGAACAAUAGUGAAGUACGGCUUAUUUCUUCUCCGUUGUUUGCUCGGCCCAUUCUUCAAACUGCGAGGUUUGAGGAAGAGACGGCGAUGCCCGCCGAUCGAGGAUCGAAUUUUGCUGCUGUCGGCGACUGAAAUUGCGCGGAAAAUCCGCAAAAAAGAGAUCAGUUCCGAGAAAGUGAUUAUCGCAUACGUGAAGCGAUGCAAGGAGGUGAAUCCAUCGAUCAACGCUAUCGUAGAAGAUCGUUUCGAUGUGGCGAUUCAAGAGGCACGUGAAAUUGACAAAUUUCUGCAGUCAACAACUAUAGACGAGGCGAAAAUCGCGAGCGAGAGACCGCUGCUCGGGCUACCUGUGACGAUUAAAGAAAGUAUCGCUGUUCAAGGGAUGAGUCAUACCGUGGCGAUGAAAGAUACUCCCUCGAGGGCGACAAAAGACGCCGAUGUUGUAGCGAGGAUCCGCGAGGCUGGUGGAAUUCCUCUUCUCGUCAGCAACACUCCGGAAUUGUGCAUGUGGUGGCACACCUCCAACAAAAUAACUGGCACCACUAGGAAUCCUUACGAUACACGGAGGACUGCGGGUGGCUCUUCCGGUGGCGAGGCUGCUCUUGUCGGUUCUGGCGCCUCGAUCUUGAGCUUGGUUUCGGAUAUUGGUGGAUCGGCCAGGCUGCCGGCAAUGUUUUGCGGCGUUUUUGGCCAUAAACCCACACCAAACUGGAUAUCAGUAGAAGGUCACAAACCUAGUGCAAAUGAUAAAAAUUGGCCUUCAUUUUUCGCGAUCGGUUCAAUGGUUAGAUAUGCCACGGAUCUGCCUCUCUUGUUAUCAGUAAUGUCGCAAUCGGAUGAAGCUAGAAAUACCUUUAACAAAAAGGUAUGCCUAAAGGACAUAAAGUUUUUUUACAUGGAUGAUUACGGCCCGGUCCCAAGUUCUUUGACAACUGACGUGAAAGAUGCAAUUUGCAAACUGAUGAGGCACCUCGAAGACACUAGUCAUGUCCAAGUGCAAAAAACAAAUUUGGAAGAUAUGAAACAGUCUUUUGAAUUAGGCUUGAUCAUUCUUUUCAAGAUCAGUGAUGUAUAUUCGAUGUUUAAUCGAUGGGAUGAUCCUAAGAAAUCGAAGAGGGUGCUCACAGAAGCACUAAAGUUUAUUUUCUUCAUGUCGUCGCACACUUUUCCCGCUAUUUGUUAUGGGAUAGGCAAGAGCAUUGUUGAAAGAACAUCGGUCUCCAAUCAUAAAAAAAUGAUGGAGAUAAGGAUGCGAUUGAAAAAGCAAUUUGAGGAGUUACUGGGUGAUAACGGCGUUUUAAUUUGCCCAUCUUUUACCUCGUCGGCGCAUUAUCCUCACGAGUGUGCAUACAACAUAUCCAAUUACACUUACAUGAUAAUCUUCAACGUGCUGGGAUUUCCGGUUACACAGUGUCCGCUUGGUCUCGACAAAAACCAACUACCGAUUGGAGUUCAAAUUGUCGCAAAUCCGGGUUGUGACCAUUUGACGAUUGCCGUUGCGCAAGAAAUCGAAAGGACGUUUGGCGGCUGGCAAGAACCACAAGACCGAGAAUUCGUCUGCGACGUAGCAUAACUUUACGGUGGCACCGUCGAUCUCCGCCUCCAACUGAAGUCGCGAUCUGGCAUAAUUUUCAAAAGAUAAAAAAUUAAACUUACGACAUAGAAAUAUUUUCAAGAGGCAAAGUGAGGCAAAACAUAACAAAGAAGGAACUUUAAAUUCAAUUUGCGUGGUAUCAUAUUUUUAACAUGUUUUUCAGCUAAUGUAAUCCGAGAGAGAGAGUCUCAUCUGGAGUCGUAUUUAUCUCAAACUUUCCACGCAACAUUAAUUUCUGAAUUAUUUACACUCGAACGACAUGACAGAAUUUUCGAGGUACUCUAAUGGAAAGUUUUCACCGACCGCCGCCGAUUUGACGCGAUACUUUUACGUGACUUUAUACAUUGUAUUGGAAACCAUAUUUACACGUAGAAUGGUAUUUUUAUAUAUAUCUUUGUGGUGUUUUAGUAGAUAAUAAAUUAAUGCGUCUACUAUAA